AUGGCCUCCAUGCAGGACGGGCUGAACUUCACGGCUCCUCCCUACGGCAAGGUCCUGCUGCUGGGUGCUAUCGCUGCUGCCUCAGCCUUUGUUGUUACGAUCCUCAUCGUGGUGCUCUGCGUGGGCUGCCAGAGGAAGGGGAAGACACACAAUGUCCCCGGCGAAGGAGGAAAACACCGUCUUAUGGACAUGGGUAUACUCAGGCAGUCGAAGCUGCGGUCCAUCAAGGCAUCAAAAAAGAAACGUCCAGCCAGCAUGGACCUUCUGCUGCUGCCCAGCCGCCGGUCUAACUCUGACCUUCGUUCUCAAGGCAGGCAACUUCCCCAGAUCCCUUCUGGGACUGGAGAGGACGGAGAGCACACUUACUCUGAAGUGGGCAGACGCUCCUCCACCACACGUACUGAUGAUGCCCUCUACGCCAUGGUAGGCAGGGCCGGGCAGACGGACACUCCGGCCCCUCCGGCCGUUCCUGCCAACACCCCGGCGCCCCCAGACCCAGACGGCGAUGUGGAAGGAGGGCUGCCUGAACCUGAGGCCCAGGUCAUGUCUCCCCCUCAUCCUCAGGAGACGGCCGAGUAUGCCUGCGUCAGGAAGCUGAGGAAGGCUGACAAGGCACCCCAAAAGAGGGACAGCGGGACAGACAUGGGGGAGCCGCCGGCGCCACCUCCACGGCACGCCCCACCGUCACAUCCUGCCCCUCCUCCGCCACACCCUCAUAGCACAAAGUUGCCCCGUAGAAACGUGGAGGCCUUUAACGUACCAUCAUUCCCAAAGGAAGUGAUGUUUAUGGGCAAUGGAGAGCAGUACAUCUGGAAGCCUCCAGAGGAUGAUGACAUGCUCAUGCUGCAAAAUAAAGCCCUGGGCCCACUGGGUGCUCACACAGUGGAGAAUAUACAACCGUCUACUGCUGCGGUGGCUGAGAUGUACUCAAAGGUGUGUAAACCAGGAAAGAAGAAGAGAGCUGUGCCGGGGUCUCCCCCAGCCAAUCCUGGCUUCCGGACCUUGGGUCGCGGUGACCGGGACCGAGACCGGGACGGGGGGUUUAGUGUAGUGGUCAAACCCCAGACCUGGGCUCCUCAGGAGGGCAAAGCAGUUGGAGGGCCCCUUGACGACCACUGCUAUGAGUCCAUCGGGACAGAGGAGUGCGAUCCAGCCUAUGAGAACAUGGAAGGCGGAGGCGGCUGGAAGCGAGAGAGGCCCCCCAACACGUGUGCCACCCUGAGGCCGAGGAGGAAGAAGGCCCAGCAGCCCUUGCAGCAGCAGCAGCCCCCUCCACCGCCGCCAACGCAGCAGACCCCUAAGUUACAGCACCUGCCUGCCAAAGCCCUGCUGCUGCCGGGGGAGAACCUGUACGAGAGCAUCGGCGACCUGAAGCAGGGCUCCGCCACCUCCAGCACCACCACCAUUUUCACUUUCAAUGACGGCAUGGAGAUGUAUGUAACAGGGCUCUGA